GACAACCAAAACGGUGUUAACAGACAUUUCUCUCUCUCUCUCUCUCUCUCUUCCCAUUUUUCCGGCGAACGGUGGACGACGAAAAUGGCCGGAAUUCGAUGGCCGCCAGAGGAUGCGGAGCCAGUCCAGACGCGAGCUUUGACGACGUCCGACCUGAUCUCUGAUGACGACAGGUCCGUCGCGGCUGACUCGUGGUCGGUAAAGAGCGAUUACGGGAGCACGCUGGACGAUGAGCAGCGGCAAGUCGAUGCUUCCGACGUCCUCUCCUCCGGCGGCACAUUUCGAGCCGCUUCUGACUACAGCUCGGAUAAAGAUGAACCGGAGGCUGAAAUGGAAAACUCCAUGCUGGGUUUCCUGAGUUACUGGGAGUCCACCUAUACUCACGAGCUUGCGAAUUUUCACGAGCAUGGUCACGUCGGUGAAGUAUGGUUUGGUGUUGAAGUGAUGGAAAUUAUGGCAGUUUGGAUAAAGAAUCUUUGUGCCAAUUUCCAUCAAGGACAUUCAGGUAGUCUGGGUGAUGUAACUGAUCCCAAACCUAAUCCAGGAGAGGAAGUCUCAAAGGUCUUGGCUAGUUGGAGCGUCCUUGACAUUGGAACUGGGAAUGGUCUAUUUCUUCAGGAACUUGCAAAGCAAGGGUUUUUAGAUCUUACUGGAAUUGAUUACUGUGAUGGAGCAAUAAACCUUGCAAGAAAUGUUGCUGAUCGUGAUGGCUUUUCGAGUAUAAAGUUUCUGAUUGAUGAUGUUCUUGAGACCAAACUGGAGAAGCAAUAUCAACUUGUUACAGAUAAAGGAGCAUUGGACUCAAUAGGUCUGCAUCCUGAUGGCGCAGCUAGACGGCUUUUGUUUUGGGGGUCGGUCUCAAAGUUGGUUGCUCCUGGUGGAAUACUGGUGAUCACCACAUGUAACACCACAAAAGAUGGACUGGUGCAAGAAGCUGAAAGCUUCCACCUAAAACCAGCUGCGACUGAUGUGCAACAUGGAAAGCCUGUGCUGUCAAUAUUCAGAUAUCUGGAUCAUAUCGACUCAUAUCCUUCAUUUUCUUUUGGUGGUCUGGAAGGGAGGAAGGUAGCAACUGUUGCACUUGCGAGAAGGCUUGAGGCUUAGCAGAAACUAGUGCCUGUUUCGUUUCUUACUGCGAUCAGAAAUCAUAUGAUGCCUUGCCAUUAGUUGAUUGUAUUGACCAUGUCUAUUCGCUAAUUUCUCCUCUCCUUAGUUCUGCUUUACUAAUUAUAUUCUACAAAAACUUAUGUGCAUUGUGGUACAAGCACAUUUGAAACAGUACAUGAAAACUAUCGAAAAAGCUUGAUAUCUAA